GAUUCGCAUUUAUUUGAGGCGUCAAACGCCGUAAGAGGUUUGGUUUUCCGUGUCAACAGCAGUCCGCACAGACGCCAUUGCUCCUGUUGUGCUAGAAGCGACCGAAACCAAAAAAAAAGACAAUCCGUGAUGGACUCCAGGUCUCGCAGACUUCCUUUUUGUCUGCCCAGCUCCAGGCCGUCCUACACAUCCAGUCCCCCAGUCUCCUCGUCGUCACUGGGAUGCAGCCGGUUGUACAGCAGGGACACUGUGCUGAAUAAUGACCGCUUCCCGAGGGCUUCGUCUGCUUACAAGGCAGACCUGGACCACCAGAGUUCUCGCCUCCUGAGCUCGUCCAGAGACUACGGCAGCUCCGCCAGUCGCUCCGCCAGCUGGAAGUUGCCCUCCUCUCUGACAUCCUCCAGCAGAUCUUAUGAUCGCCCUCGGGCUGAAUCCUCUCUCGGCAGCAGGAGCAAACUGACUGAUACUGAGGGGAGAUUGGGGAUGCGCUCCGGCCUGUUGAACGUCACUGAUGAUGGCGAUACUAAAAGGGCCAAACUGUCGUACAACAGAGGACUGUACUCGAGAACAGCCAGCAGCUCCGUUACAGGAUCCACCUACUCCAGUGCUGGGCUUAGCACUGGCAGAGGUGAAAAGCCAAAGGACGCUUGCGAUUCAUCGUGGAGCUCAAGCCGCUUACUGUCGCGGUCGUCGUCGUUGUCGUCGUCUUCCUCCUCAAAUCCGUUGUUGUCCAGGAGAGAGCUAGACACGAAGAACAAGGCCAGUCUGUCAGAUUUGGGAGAAAGAAGGGUCCGGACUCCUGGAUUGGCUUCCUCAUUGUAUCAGACAGACAGGGUGACCUCCACAUACGCACAGGGAGCUCGGCCGAAAGAGACCGCCUACUAUCCCUCCUUUUCUUCCUCAUCUUCAUCCUCCUCUGCUGCCAGAGAAAGCACCCUGAACCGCCACCUCUCAUCUUCCACCUCCUACCGCUCUCCCCCUUUGGUGCGCGACUUCAGCACCAGAACCCCGUCCCGCUUCUUGAGCGGCUCGUCCACCCUCCACUCAUCUCAGGAACAAACGAGGACCCCUGACUCCUCCUCAAACAUCUCCCCCCCUUACACCUCGCACACGUCCAGGUACGCCACUCCACUGCCCCGACCAGAGGCCACGCUCCCCCCGAGGCCGGCCCCCGAAGGUGGCGAGCACGAGGGCCGCAGCUCCACUCGGCGCCUUUUGUCCCGUCUCUUCUCACGCCGCUCCAGCCAAGACUCUUCCAGUGGGUCUUCCAGUGUCCGCUCCCUUGAUGAUGACAGUCCGUCGACUGGCGGCGAGUCUGUGGACAGCGACGAGGGGGCCAAGGUGUCGAGUGUGGAGUCUGACGCCAGAGGGUCGGCGGCCACCCUGGGUAGCUUAAGGAAUCGUAGGGCGGACCUCGCCCCAAUCCAGGAGAACAACAAUGUCUAUCGUAGCGGCCUGGCUCAGACAAGAACGCCGAUGUGGAGAGAGCCUGGCGUUGGCAGUAGUAAUAGCGGCGGAGGAGGAGGAGGAGGAGGAGGAGGAGGCAGCUACUCCUGGCUUUCUUCCUCCCUCCGUGGCCGCUGCCCCCCCCUCCUCUCUCGCCUCAGAAGACAUCGGGACGAGAGUGCGCACUCUGCUGCCAGCGCAGAAGAAGGUCACAGCCGUCCGCGGCAUUUACUGAGAAGGUGGGAUGACCUCGAGCAUAAAGCUACGCACGAAGACGACGAGGAUGAUGAAGAGGACGACAAGGAGGAGAAGGAGGAGGAGGAAGACGACGACGGAGGAGCGGUUGGUCGUCCCUGCCGGCUCAAGGACGAGACGCUACCUGAACUUGAAGAGGCCUCGAUUGCGUUUUCGCCGCGCCGCGGAGUCGGAGUAUACGACAACAUUGCAGGUUCUGUCGGUCCGUUGGGUGAGAGCCAGCUGGAGAAACCCGUCUCCAGCACAGAUCAGGAGAAACUGCGCAAGAUCAAGGAGAGACUGCUGCUGGAGGACUCUGACGAGGAUGAAGGCGACCUGUGCCGAAUCUGCCAGAUGGGGCAGGAAUCUGCUUCCAACCCCCUGAUUCAGCCGUGCCGCUGCACAGGCAGUCUGCUGUACGUCCACCAGGACUGCAUCAAGAGGUGGCUCCGCUCCAAGAUCGGCUCCGGCACGAACCUCGAGGCCAUCACAACAUGUGAGCUCUGCAAGGAGAAACUGCGUUUGAACAUAGACAACUUUGACAUCCAGGAGUUGUACAGGACCCACGUGCAAUCGGAAUAUGACGAGUUCAUCAGCAGCGGCCUUUAUCUGGUGGUGCUGCUGCAUUUCUGUGAGCAGAGGUUCUCCGAUGUCCUGGGAGCAGUCGAUGCUGCUGGGUUAUUCAACCUGGUGAGAAUUCUUCACGAACACAUGGACAAUCUUGAAAUUCCCCACGGCGAAAGUGACGAGGAGAUGCGAGACAACAGACCGUCUAUUGAGUUCUCUGACCUGGACGACGAUCUCGAAGAGGAGUACUAAUGUGAAAGUGGUGGAUUGAGGGUAAAAAAAAAGAGAAGAAAAGUGGGUCACUCCAUGCCAUAUGGUAGCUCCCCCAGUCUUCACACAUGCAUCGACAUAGUCGUGUUCAUCUGAAAUGCCAAGUUUGGACAUGUCUGGCCCGUGUUGCUCGUGGCUUUUACAGAUAUGCAACUUCUGAAUGAACUAGUGUGUAAUACAUAUUUUGGUUGACGCCACUGUGUUUGUGAGUGCACUUUAUUCAAUUAUACGUAAAUAAAAGAUGCAAGUCUUUUUCAACCAAAAGUGCUUUAAUGUUUAAAAAAAAGGAAAGAAUUUAAAUGGCAUAGAAGGGCAGCAGUGACACGUUUGUACUGAUGAUGAAAUGGAUGCUUUUGGUAGAGACUAGUAAACGCGUCCCUUUUUUUUUUUUUUUAUCGUUUUCCUCCAUCUUUCACCACUGACCAAUGUCGGAACGAAAAGACGAGAACUUCACCCAAUAAAACAAAUGUCCUCAUCUCUGUUUCAGUGUUUGAAAUGCUUUAUCUGUACAAAUCUAGUUUUAAUGCAUUUUGGAAAUAAAGAUUGAAUGCAAACUGCCA